AUGGGCUCAGAAAUGGAUACCUUUGCGGCCCGCCUGGCCAGCUUUGAUAUAGUGUUGAAGCCGGAGAAGCGCAGAUCUUCCGGCGCAAAAACACCCAAAGCAAUUACAUGGCCGCAUCAGCGACCUUCACCAGCUGAGUUGGCGCACGCUGGAUUCUACUACAAACCAUACGAGACAAACCCCGAUAACACAACAUGUUUCGCGUGCCACCGGGCUCUGGACGGCUGGGAGGAGGACGAUAACCCCGUUACAGAGCAUCUCAAGCAUGCACCCGACUGCGGAUGGGCCAUUAUGAUGGACCUCCAGCAAAGCAGCUCCAACCCCGCCUCGAUUGAAGACCCUACGGGCGACCGAAUCACACAAGCGAGACUGUCAACAUUUGGUACGGCAUGGCCCCACGACGGAAAAAAGGGCUGGAUGGUUGAAAGCGGAUGGUAUUUUUGCCCUACAGACGAGAGCGAUGAUCUAGCCAGUUGUGUUUACUGCAAGUUGUCUUUGGAUGGCUGGGAACCCAAGGACGACCCAUUUGACGAACACUAUCGCCGCUCCUCGGAUUGUUCAUUCUUUGUCUUUGCCCAGCCACCAGGAAAAAAGAGCAAAUCCACUCGUGCUAAGAAACCUCGGGUUUCCAAGGCGUCCUCGCGGCUUUCAACGCAAUCCGUUGAUCGAGCUACAUCUGAAGCACCCGAUAUUGAAAUGGAUGACUCGAUGGACCAGAGUAUCAUGUCCCAGGCCACCACCAAAUCCAAACCUACAAAGAAGGCAACCAAGAGCAAAUCAAAGCGUACCAAGAGCAAGAAGGAAGAAUCAGCGGAGGUAGAAAGUCAGAUUGAGGCCGAAAUUGAAGAAAUCGCCCAAUCGGAGUCUGUCAAACCCAAACGCACAGGCAGAGGAAAGAAGAGGGCCAGUGAGGAUAUUAAGGAUGAACCAAACCCUGUUACUAUGCUGGAAAGAGAGCUAUCGCAGCCGCCAGCAGGACCCCCGGCGAAGAAACGCGCUACAAAGACACGGAGUAGCAGCAUUGCUCGUAACUACAAUUACGAAAACAGUGACUCCGCAAUGGCAGAUGCGGAACCAGUGGAUGACAUUGCUUCGGAAGAAGAAACAGAUAGAGGUCGCAAGCCCACGAAAAAGAGUGUGUCAAAGGCUCGCAAGGUGUCCGAUGUGCCUGUUGCACCCAAAGUCCUGUCAAAGGCGCGAGCCCCUCGCGACUCGGAGAUCGACGCGGAAAUUGAAGCAGGCCUCGAAACAGGCCUCGAAGCAGAUAUCCCCAACCCUGCCGAACCCGAGCCCGAAUUCGAGGCAGAGCCCGCAGAGCCACGGGCGUCGAAGAAAACUAAAUCGAGCAAAAAGUCCAAGGCUGUGGCUAAAUCCCCCGAACUGAUCACGCGCGAUGAACUAGAGGAUUCCAGUGAUCACGCGGACCGUUCAGAUCCUUACGUGAAACCGGUCAAUGAUGAGGAGGCCGCCGAGUUGCCAGCCCCAAAGACCAAACCGGCAAAGGGAGCUAAGAAAAAAGGGACAAAGAAGACCAAGACUGAGGAGACGACAAAAGCACAGUCGCCAGAGCCUCGGGGAUCUUUAGCGUCAAGGGCUCCCGAUGUUCGGGAUGAUUCUGAGCGCCCUGACUCCUUCAUUUCCGUUGAGAUUGUCAGCAAGGAGCCGGAGCAUGCAUCAGAAUCCGAAGAAUCAAAGCCCAAGGCUGAACCAAAGAAGAUUUCCAAGAAGGAUAGCACAUCAACAAAAGAUAAAAAGUCCAAAAAAUCCGAGAAAAAAGCGGCACAACCUCCUGUUCUUGAUUCCCCAGUCCGGGCACACAGCCUCGAACCGUCGGCCGAGGAACAUGAUGAUGAAUUCGAGACUACAGAUGAUUUGCCUGACCAGCUUGAGGUGGUCAAUCCUCUCGUGGAGCGUUCUCCCUCCCCACCAGAAAUGUCUCCCGAGCCACGAUCUGAUCGGGAGACGCCCAGUCUACCGCCAAAGACCGUGAAACGGUACAGCGAUAUCCCUCACGAAGAGCAUUUUGCAGAGACCUUGGCCCAAAGCCAGACCUCCCCUCAUGAAGUGCACGAGUCUCGGAGGAGUUCAAAACGUUCCAACCGGGCAAUUUCACCACUCCUGUCAGCUCACCAAAACACUCCUUCGCUAUCACCCCAGUCGUCGGAUGCUGAAAACCGCCCCCCCGUCAUCGCGGCCCUCCGCAUCCCCACCCCGUCACCAUCCAAGCGCAACGCCAAUGGUGGAUUCGGACCUUCCGGACAUCCAUGGACACCAGUGGAUAUUGAUGACGUGCUGUUUGGAGAGGCUAGCGACAAGGAAAACGCAGAUUUAUCUGGGCUUUUCAAAGGCGUGAAGGGUGGCCUGACAAGCCCAGAGAAGAAGAUGACUGUCCAAGAAUGGAUCGCGUGGAACGCAAAGAAUGGCGAAGAACGACUGAAGAGAGAAUGCGAGCGACUUGUCAGCCAAUUCGAGAAAGAAGGUGGCCGAGCAAUGCAGCGGCUUGAAGCUAUCGAGUGCAUCGACUAA